CUUCAUCCUGACACUCUGCGAGGGGUGUGUGAUGGGUUAGGUCUGGGGACACCGCCAGCCAAUCACAAUACAAGAACAGGCACAUGUGACCGAGGGAAGGUUCUAAAAUGUAGCAAUAUGUGAAUGGGAAAUAGGAGCGCAGUUUGUAGCUGCUGAGACCCGGGAGAGAGAGAGAGAGGAGAAUCCACAGCACACAGGUCACCCAGACAUGUCACCCUGAAGACCAGGGGACCCCAUGACACACAGGUGGAGGACACCACACACAAUACACCGAGGGUGAGGGAAGACUCCACAGGAGGAGGAUCCAAGUCACUCAGGGAACCAUUGUCACCUCAGCCCCAUACACCUGACACUCAAGAAGAAGACAACAUCGGACCUAAGGAGGAGAGAAGUAUCAGAAGACAAAGAGAAGACGACACAAAAGCCAAAGGAAAGAAAAGGACAAAGUUAGUCAAGGAAAGAAGCCUGAACAGAAGGAAAGAGAAGGAGAGAACAAGAGGCAUCACCCCAGGCACCUGAAGAAGUGUCAGCUCCUCUACACAAGAAGCUGAGCAGCUGACUAUAGCCUAAGAGCUGUGCCCUCCUGUCCUCCAGGACACAUACUCUGCUCCUACUAGAACUCUGGGAUCCCUGGACACUAUGACAGGCUGAGAGCCUCUCCAUACCAAGACACUCCACCACCUCGGUGCCCUGUAUUUAGGGUACAUACCUGUUCUUCUCUAGCCUCCUAUUGACUUCCAGUAGCUUAUAUGAGUGCAGCUUUCCAGCCACCUCUCAUGAUGAUGCAGCGUCCCCUGGGCAGCAGUACAGCUUUCAGCAUAGACUCACUGAUAGGGAGCCCACCACAGCCCAGUCCUGGGCACUUUGUCUAUACUGGAUACCCUAUGUUCAUGCCAUACAGGCCUGUGGUGCUGCCACCACCGCCCCCUCCCCCACCAGCACUGUCCCAGGCCACGCUGCAGCCAACUCUACCCUCUGCCCACCCCCAUCACCAGAUCCCCAGCCUGCCCAGUGGCUUCUGCUCAAGCCUGGCACAGGGCAUGGCCCUCACUUCCACCCUCAUGGCCACUUUACCAGGCAGUUUCUCUGCAUCAACUCAGCACCAGGAGGCAGCCAGGAAGUUUGGGACCCAAAGUCUACAAGGAGGAUUCGAUAAAAAUGAUGGGGGCCAGUCAGACGGAGAAGACACCAGUAAAGCCUAUGUCACCAAAGAUGGGACAUUACUGCCCUUCUCUGCUGCAGACAGCGCCCUAGGCUCUGUCCGGGGUCAGGGGAAAGAAGACUCUGGGAAGGAUGAGGAGAUGAAAGGGAAGGAAGACUCAUACUUGAUGGACAGUGACCUGGACUACAGUUCAGACGAUAAUAUCUCCUGCCAGACGACCCAUAAAGAAGAAGACACCCCAGAAGAAAGCCCCCAGAACCCCAACCCUUCCAGUAACAGUACAUCUACCGGUAAGAACAGGCGAAGAAGAACGGCCUUCACCAGCGAGCAGCUCCUGGAGUUGGAGAAGGAGUUCCACUGUAAGAAGUACCUGUCCCUUACCGAGCGCUCCCAGAUCGCACAUGCCCUCAAACUCAGUGAGGUCCAGGUGAAAAUAUGGUUCCAGAACCGCAGAGCCAAGUGGAAGAGGGUCAAGGCUGGGAACGCAAACUCCAAAACUGGGGAACCCUCCAGAAACCCCAAAAUCGUGGUACCCAUCCCAGUCCAUGUCAGCAGAUUCGCCAUCAGGAGCCAACACCAGCAGUUGGAGCAGGCUAGACCCUGAACUGUGAGGUCCUGUCUACCAACAGACGAUAGACUGCAGCAGGUUGGUGGUGGUUCCCAUAACUCACUGUAGCCUGAGAUGCCAACCACUUACUAUUUAUUAUGAUGAGAGCAGGAGAACUGUGUGGACCUCAUCACAGGGUCAGGUCUCCUGAUCUUGGACACUUAGCCAAGUCCAGACCAUUUGGGACAAAGACUUCUCUGGCCCCUGUAUUUUUUAAAGGGACUCGAGUCCCUAUUUGGAUAAACUGGUGUUCUGCUUUAGCUCCCUUGAGCUUCAGAUUAUGUUGUGAUUAAUUUAUUCAGUGUCUCAUACUUCUCUUUAAGUUAUGAUGAAUUUCAACAAAAAAAAAAAAAAAGUCUUGUGAAUCCUAAAAUGUCACUAAUAAAUAAUCCCACUCCGACCAUUCAGUCUGGGAGAUGUGGGGUCAUUUCAUAUAGGUCCUGACUAAUCCCCUCUGAGACUCAUUUUGUCAAAUCUGAUCUGUGUGAUGAUGUGGAGGGGGGUCUGUGUGGGAUUUAAUAGAGCAGGACAUGUGGGGUCUGUUGGACAAGAAAUAAAUGAAUGUACAUUUUUUUCUGAGAGAUUAUUUAAUUGCAGAAAAUUGGAAGUGUCAUCAUCUGUGCAGUAAAUGUGUCUGCGUAGGGGGUGGUGGGACCACAAUUAGGGACAGUUUCCAGGGCUCAGGUUUGUGGGGCUGGAGGAAGAGGGAAGCUUUUUAUUCUGGGUAGAAGCAGAUUCAUAAUUGUUAUAAAGUGACCAGCAGAUCGGAUCAAAAGCUGCUCUUUGGAUGUUGAUGUCUGGGAUCUAUCAGGUUAUUUGUGGCAACUGUACAAAGUGAGUUGGGAUCCCAGCAAGAAGCAGGCAGGGUCAACUCUAUCUGUGUCACUUCAUGCCAGUGCUUGGAUGUGCUGCUAACCAGCUGAAUGGCAGAUAAAGGCCGGGCAUAUUCUGCUCUGUUUUAUUAACAUUUUGUAAGGGGGAUUUUCUCCUCAUCAUACGCCAAUUCUGCAGGGAUUGCUCCCUUCAUUGGCUUUUAUUUUAGAAAAUUAAAUAUCUGGAUUGGAAGCGAAAUCAGGUAAAUCUAAAGGGUAUAGCAGAUGCAAGCUUAACAAAA